AUGUCCGAAAUCGAUUGCCUCGAUCUCACCGCGUCGCUCAUGGAUGCGGAGGGCCUCAACUUCGGGGCGAGGGAGCUGCUGCCAGUCUUCCGCAAGCCGAAUAGCUUCCUCUUCUUGAGCGAGCUCAGCCUCAGCGACGCAUCCCUACAAGACUUCGACAUGACCUACAUACACCACCUCCCGCGUCUGUCCCGGCUCUGGCUUAGCAACACAGGAAUCAGCAACGAGGCCGUAUAUCACCUCGUCGCGCUCCGCCGGACACUCUCCGAGCUCGACAUCGCACUGAACGCCGCCAUCGACGAUGAUGUCGUCUCCGCGCUGCUCGCCCUCCCCAAGCUGUCCUACCUCUCGGUCUUCGACACCGGUGUGCGCAUGCUUGGGCUGCGCCGCCUCGCGAGGGGCAUCACAGACCGAGAUGCGGAGUAUGGCCUCGACAUCGAGGUUCCACGCGAGUGCGAGGAGUACCUCGACAGUAUGCACCGCAGGUACAUGCUGCACCCUGAGCCGCCGCUCAUCGCCGAGCCCGGCGCAUGCGCGGACCUCUCCGUGCCAGCGCUCCGGCGGAAUCUCGCCGCGCACGCGGCGUACGAUGCGCAGAUCGUCGUAGGCGGAACCAGGCAGGAGAUGGCGGAGCGUUUGGAGCGAAUUCUUCGGGUACGCGAGGCGGAUUUGGGGGUGAGGGACAUGCUUACAGGCAGUGGGGAAAAGACGGACUCGAGCAUAGAAUAA